GCUGAAAGGGCAGACGAGCCAUCCAGGUCGAGCUCAUCAACCGCCCCAGGAAUCCAGCUUAGCUUAGCUACCGCGUCUAAGUCUCACAUCCAUGGAGAGGAAGGCCAAGAAGCACGCGAGGACCAGGAGCGGCGCCCUGGCGUCCUUCCUCAGGUCCACGGCGGCCUCCUUCUCCUCCUCCACGAGGACCACCUUCGCCUCCCGCCCGGCCGGCGGCGGCGGCAAGUCGUCCUUCAACCACCGCAACGCCUUCUCGGGCCCCAUGGUCUCCAUCGUGCCGCCCGAGGCGCGCGGCGGCGGAAGGAGGCGGGGCGGCAAGCAGGGAGGAAGCGGCAGCGGGUACCGGACGCCGGAGGCAUCGUCGCCCAAGGUGUCCUGCAUCGGGCAGAUCAAGCGGAGCAAGUCCAAGACCAGCAAGAGCAAGGCCAGGAAGGCGCCCGACGUCGCCCCCGGCCUCGCGGCGGCCUGCGGGAUGGACGGCGGCGCCUGCCCGAUGCCGCCGCGGCCGGCGCCGGCCCACAGGCCCAAGAGCUCCCUGGUCAAGCGCAUGUUCUCCCGACGGAGCAGGUCGCGGCCUUCGGCCUCGUCGUCGUCCCACAAGGCGAGCGGCGCCGCCGAUCUUUUCAAGGGGAGGCCGGGGAGCAGCGCCGCCGUGGCCGCUGCGCCGGUGUCGGGGCCGGGGAUGGCAGGGCUGGGACAGAUGAAGCGGUUCACGAGCGGGCGCGGGGCAUUCCAGGACUUCGACUGGAGGGAUGCCGAGAGGAGGGGCUCCGACGUCGACCAUGAUUACGAGGACGACGGGUUCGUGGCGUUCUCGGCGCCGCUGGUGCUGGGCGGCGGGGUGGUGGCGUCGGAGCCCAGGAAGGAGGUGAACCUGUGGCGGCGCCGCCCCAUGUCCCCUCCCACUCCGCUGGAGCUCCCCUGAGAUGAGAGCGGUCGCCGCAGCAGCUAGCCUACCUGCAUGCAUGCAGGCCAUGCCGAAUGUGUUCAUCCCUAGAGUUUGUACAGUAGUGGUAUACUUGAUGCUCAUACAAAGUAUAGGUAGUAUCGAUUUGAUCUUGUAAAUGCGUGAUGAUCGUCUAUUCUGGAAGGAAUUAAAGAUUUUUUGCAUGAGUGAAA